AGUACUUUCUUCGGUGCUCUUUUAGUACAUUUCAAGUUGCCGGUCUGGCAACGCUGAAUUGAUUGCACGUCGUAUUUCAUAUUUGUUUAUGUUUCUGAUAUCGGUGAAACUUUUUUUCGAAUAAAAUAUGGUUGUUGACAAAAGCUCACUGACUGGAAACGUCCUAGAACAAUUCGUGAUCUUGGCGAAAAGUGCCAAAGGGGCAGCAUGCACCGAACUGAUAAAGCAAGUCUUGGAAGCCCCCGGAGUGUACGUUUUCGGAGAACUACUGGACAUGCCUAGCUUGCAGGAACUGGCCAACACUGCUGAUAAAAAAUACCUGAACACUCUAGAAUUAUUCUCCUUUGGAACGUAUAAAGAUUACUUAGCAAAUCAGAAGGACUUGUUGGAGUUGUCACCUGCUCAAAGAAAGAAACUACAGCACCUCACCAUUGUAACUUUAGCUACAAAAUCCAAGUGUAUACCCUAUAAUACUCUGCUAGUAGAACUGGAUAUAAAGAAUGUAAGAGACUUAGAAGAUCUCAUCAUUGAAGCUAUCUAUGCUGAUAUAAUUCAUGGAAAAUUAGACCAAAAAAACAGCCAGCUGGAAGUUGAUUAUGCCAUAGGUAGGGAUAUCCGUGCUGAAGAUAUCAAUGUGAUAGUUAACUGCCUUCAAGACUGGUGUUCUUCUUGUGAAGGGGUCCUCAGUUGUGUGGAAAGCCAGAUUCAUAGGGCCAAUAUGGAAAAAACUAGGUCUAUGCAAAGAAAAUCUGAUAUAGAGAAUGAAAUUGUCAAUAUCAAGAAGACAUUGAAGACCCAAUUGCAAGAGAGGUCAGAUGGGACUGAUGAAGUGAUGGCUACUGAUACUAGGGAAGCAGCAUCUUCUGGGGACAAGGGAAAGAAGUCUCAGAAGAUGAAGGGGUUGAAGAUCUUGCGUUAACUCUGGAUGAUUUGUAUUAAGUUGUUCAGGCUUGAUGCUGAUUCUCUUGUUGAAAAACUUUAACUUGAGUGAAUAGUAAAUUGCAUGUUUUGUCACAACAAAAAUUGUACCUAUUCACCCAUUGGAAAAUGUUCAUCUUGUUAAUAUAAUGGAAUAUGAUUUAAUGUUUAAAAAAACAGAGAUAUCUGUAGACAUUUGAGUUGUAUUGCUGAGAAAUCAAAUUUCCUCUCCUUACUAUGUUUUUGAAAAAAUACAUUCAGCAGAAACUUAU